ACUCAGUACACCCACGGUGGCGGAAUACAUUGUCCACUCAGACAAGUCCACCCUGACAAACUCGAACCUUUCCUCUUUGGGGAGGGAGGGGGAGCGACGUCACGAAGUGAGCAGAGUCCAACAAUACUUGAAGUAACGUUGGCCGACAAGCACGCUACCGUCUGUUACGGGACUGCAGGAAGCGAGUUGGUUCAACAGGGAAGUCGAAAGAAACUACGAUCGUCUCCUAUUAACGUGCAUGAAGACAAAGAAGUUGAAUAAUAAACAAAGCGGACAUGUUGGGUAGCUUUUCACGCAGCAGCCUGCGAGGAGACGAAAGAAACUGAAAAUUCUCAAACGAACUUAGAACGCACAUCUUGACCAUGGCCCAGUGGAGUCGCAUCAGCCAGCUGAUACAGUACCUGCCUGACCAGACCAUCUGCGACUUCUACCCCUCCGCUACAUUUGCUAUUGAAGUGCGGCACUUUUUGUCUGAAUGGAUUGAAAACCAAAGAUGGGAGGAAUUUGCUCUGGAGAAAGUGGAGCAAGAAGAUAACGCCCGCGCUCUAUUGGACGAGAUCAUCAUGCUGCUGCAGUCGUUUUCUCAGCAUAAUGCUAAUGUAGUGGAUAAAAUGAAGCUUAUGCAGAUUAGCAGGAACAUGAAUAUAUUUCAGCAUCAGCCGCUGCAGUUUGCAGUGAUGGUGAGGGACACGCUGCGCAAAGAGAGGGCCCUGCUUGAGGCUAUGCCACAGGUAAACAAAACUCCACAGCAUCAACCAUAUGUCACCAGCGAAUCAGCAUUACCCAGCACAGAUGUGGACCACCUGGUCCUCAAAGUGCGGGAUGUCCAGGACUUGAGACAGAAAAUACACCAGGUGCAGGAAGAGCUCAAUUGGGAAAGGCAGAACUAUGAGUCAUUGCAAGGGUCCAUGGAUCCCAUGGUGUCAGAAGUCAGCAGACUGCAAAAACACAUCCAGCAGCUGGAGUACAAUGUCAGCACAAUGGCAACGAAGCGUUUUCAGCUGCUCAGUGAGUGUGUGGACUGUCUGGACCAGUGUCAGGCCCAACUCCUCAACAGGUUGAAGGCCUGGAGGUGGGAGCAAUACAAGGCAACCAUUGGACAUCCUUUUCAUGACAACCUCAAUGUACUGCAGAUGUGGUGUGAGCAGCUUCUUGGGGUGAAUGGGAAGCUGAGACAGGAAUUAAUGCUGAUCGUGGAACCAAUCCCAGAGUUGCAGGAAAGGCUAAGACAACUUCUGCAGCUUCUGGUUCAAAGUUCUCUUGUUGUGGACAAGCAGCCCCCUCAAGUUAUCAAGACGCAGUCCAAGUUCUCCACAACUGUGCGCUACCUGCUGGGUGAGAAAAUUGCACCUGGAAAGCCUGUGGUUCUAAAAGCACAAAUCAUUAAUGAGCUCCAGGCCAGAAACCUGAACAUCACACCCAGUGAGGAUGUUCAGUCAGUGAUCAAUAACACAGCGGUCCUGGAACAUAACACGGCUACCAAGAGCACAUGUGCCACCUUCAGGAAUAUGUCCAUCAAAAAGAUCAAGAGAGCAGACCGAAAGGGGUCUGAGUCUGUGACAGAGGAAAAGUUUGCCCUCCUCUUUUCAACAGAGAUCACCAUCACAGGCUGUGACACUCCCUAUAAAAUCCAGAUGAUCUCUUUACCACUCGUCGUCAUUGUCCAUGGCAGCCAAGACAACAAUGCGCUGGCUACCAUCAUUUGGGAUUGUGCUUUUUCUGAACCAGACAGAGUGCCGUUUGUGGUGCCGGAGCGGGUACCCUGGAAGCUCAUGUGCAGCACUCUCAACAGUAAAUUCACCUCAGAGGUCCAGACGCAGCACAACCUUGACCACUAUAACCAACACUUCCUGGCCCAGAAGAUAUUUGACAAACCAGAAUUCACCGAUGACUUCAGCAACAUGAUGGUUUCCUGGCCUCAGUUCAAUAAGGAAGUGCUCCCAGGUCGACAGUUUACGUUCUGGCAGUGGUUUGAGGGAGUGAUGGACCUGACCAAAAAACAUCUGAGGACAUACUGGAGUGAUGGGCUCAUAUUUGGUUUCAUUGGCAAGCAGCAUCUACACCUGAUUCUCAAACAAAGGCCCAAUGGAACUUUUUUGCUACGCUUCAGCGACUCUGAGAUUGGAGGCAUCACCAUCGCUUACGUCGCUGCAGCGGAGAUGGGUGAACACAAACAGAUCAUCAAGAACAUCAAGCCCUUCACCAAGAAAGAUCUGGACAUCCGGAGCCUUGGCGACCGAAUCAGAGACAUCAAUGAAAUCACAUUCCUCUACCCUGACUUUCCAAAACAUGAUGUUUUUAAAAAGUUCUAUUCAGGGCCCCAAACUUCCACCAACGAUGGCUACAUCCCUACAACACUCCAGACUAAAGUGGGAAUGGAGACUGUUUCUGUUACAGCUAAUCCAACCAGUGUGGCACAUCACACUGAAAGCCUCCACAAUGCUACCAGUUAUCAAGUGGAUGCUGGCUCAGUUGCACCAUGCGUCCCUAAUUUGACGCAUCAUGUUGAAAGCCCCCACAAUUCUGUUGGAUACCCUCCGCCUCCAUUCCAGCAGUUUGCACCUCAAGAGGGCAUCCCACGAGAGCAAAAUGGAGAGCAAAUGGAAACCUCAGAUUCACCCGCAGUAGACUUUAAUUCAAACUCUGAUGACUUCAGUGACGUGCCCCCAGGAGACAUGGACCUCAUCUUGGACAGUUUUCUGAGCUUUUCCUGAAGAGCUACUCCAAGGACUUCCGACUGCCUCGUCUUCCCUUUGAGUGACAUUCAGAAUGUGAUAAGAACAAAAGUACUGAGGCUGCAUCCUUCUUCAGAACAUUUCCUUGGUGGUUUGUUGAUUUUGACGACUUCACGUCUUCACUUUCGCGACACAAGUAUUACUGUACACAAAUUUUCUCCCUUAAAGAAAUAUCAUGGUAAUGAAAUGUAUUUUAAGAUGUUUAAGGCAAAAACAAUAGUAACUUCAGCAUUUACAUUUGGAUGUAUUAUUAGUCCAUCUUCUGUGGUGACUGCGUAUAUUAGUCUUUUAAAAUGAUUAAUGAUCAAUAUUGCUUUUGUGAAUUUAUUAAGUAAGUCAACUUUGACUCGCACACAAUGCCAAAUAUUAACGCACGUUAACUUUAGCUCAGACACUGUUUGGAAUGCAGACUGGCCGAUCACAUUAAACGUAAUGUUUUGGAUAUAUUUUUA